AUGGCCGGCCCAGAGGGUGAUGAAGCGGGAGUAAGCUACGACAAACCAAUAAAGGAUCGUUAUAUUGGCUUGGGUGGUCUAGAGAGCUGUUUGUUGGCAGCGGAGGGAAGAGAAACUGCAGGAGGAGCGCAACGAUUGAUAGCGCUGAUCGUAGAGCAAGACCGUGGCCGAUAUUGCUGCGGAUCACGCGGGGUCCCCCCGACUGUUUUAGUAGUUCUCACCGUCGAGACUGACUACUCUAGCCGAAGAGAUGGUCACAUUCUCAGCUGGGACGAAGUAGCGACGCACUAUCGGCUAGGCAGUGCUGAGCGUACAAAAACCCUGCAUGACCUGGUUGGGAUAGGACGUGGCUCACGUCCAACAUGUUUGCAUCUCACCGUCGAGCUCAAACAUUUGGUCGCGCAUGCUUUCUGUCGCGACCCGUCGCGGUAUUUCUCAUUUGUUAGUGCAGGUCAGGCUAAACUACACCCGCUGUACAGCUUCAACGGAGCGGGUCGUUGCCCGUUCUUGGUCAUUGCGCAUUUAAUGGGGACGCCAAUGCAGCGUGAAUCCCUUGGUGUCGGAUUCCAAAAGAAAUUAUGCGGUAAUCUCACUAAGGUCGCAGGAGGCGGUUAUCGGCAUGUACCCCGUAUGAUAGAUAGACCCAAUAUGGAGGACAGCACGCUGAGACGGCCAUACCCCUCCAAACUCCCAGCCAGCCAGCAAAUAGGCAGAGACAUCGCCGUGUCGAAUGAGAACCUGCGGAGACACCGGAAAUGA